CGCCCCUCAGUGAAGCCCCGCCCAUGAAACCUGGCCCCGCCCGUCGAUGACCCACCCCUCUCCCCCCGCGUUCCAGGCCGUUUGGCUCCGGACUAACAGCUCCACCACCCGCAGGACGGCGCAGCUCUGCCAGCAUGGGCAGGGCUACCCCUGAAGAAGACCUGCAGGACGACAAGGACACAGGGCUACGGUGACACCCCCAUCUCGCCACAGCGUUCACCUGGGAGGUGAGGGCCAACAACGCGGCUUUCCACGAGCAGUUCCUGGAGAAGGGCUUCCUGUGCUGGCGCAGGCGGAAAUACCAGACCAACAGAAUCCACACGGCCAAGUACAACGUCUUCUCCUUCCUGCCCCUCAACCUGUACGAGCAGUUCCACCGUGUGUCCAACCUCUACUUCCUCCUGAUUGUCAUCCUUCAGACCAUCCCCGAAAUUGCCACGCUGCCAUGGAUCUCCAUCUUGCUCCCGCUCCUCUGUCUCCUCUUCAUCCGGGCCACCCGUGAUCUGAUGGAUGAUAUUGGACGACACAGGAGUGACAAUGUCAUUAACAACCGGCCCUGCCAGAAGCUCAUCAGGAAGAGUUUCAAGUGGCGGAAGUGGAAAGACCUGUGCGUUGGGGACAUUGUGUGUGUCACCAGAGACAGCAUCGUCCCGGCCGACCUGCUCUUGCUGGCCAGCACGGAGCCCAGCAGCUUGUGCUACCUGGAGACGGCCGACAUUGAUGGGGAAACCAACUUGAAGUUCAGACAGGCCCUGGCCGUCACCCACCAUGAGCUGGUCUGUUCAAAGACAAUGGCGGCCUUCAACGGCACGGUGAUGUGCGAGCAGCCCAACAGCCGGAUGCACCAGUUCGUGGGAAGCCUGGACUGGAAAGGCAGGCAGUACGGCCUGGACAUCAGCAACGUCCUCCUGCGGGGCUCCAGGGUCCGCAACACGGACGCCUGCUACGGGCUGGUCAUCUACGCGGGUUUUGACACAAAGAUCAUGAAGAACUGUGGAGACAUCCACUUGAAGAGAACCAAGAUUGACCUCUUCAUGAACAAACUGGUGAUAUUGAUCUUCCUGUUGAUAGUGGUCAUCUCCAUCCUGCUGAGCAUGGGGUACUGGCUCCAGAUCAUCGACCUCAAGAACACCCACCACUACAUCCCGGUGGAGCCGGGCACCCAGGGGCAACUCCUGGAGACCUUCCUCGUCUUCUGGGCCUUCCUGAUCCUGCUCAGCGUCAUGGUCCCCCUGGCCAUGUUCAUCAUAACGGAGUUCAUCUACCUGGGGAACAGCAUGUUCAUCAACUGGGACCUGCACAUGUACCAUGCGCCCCACGACGUGCCCGCCAAGGCCCGCAGCACCAGCCUCAACGACUAUCUGGGCCAGGUGCAUUACGUGUUCUCCGAUAAGACGGGGACCCUCACACAGAAUGUCAUGAGCUUCAAGAAAUGCUGCAUCGCCGGCCGAGUCUACGGUCCGGAUAACGAGGACGGGAUCCCCCCCAAGGAGAACCCGUACCUGUGGAACACGUUUGCGGACGGGAGGCUGUCAUUCUUCAACGAGGAGCUGCUGCGCAUAGUGCUGGGCAAGCAGGACAAGGCGGUGCAGGAGUUCUGGCGCCUGCUGGCCAUCUGCCACACGGUCAUGGUCCAGGAGAAGGACAACCAGCUCCUGUACCAGGCUGCAUCCCCAGACGAGGAGGCGCUGGUCACCGCGGCCCGGAACUUCGGCUACGUGUUCCUGUCGCGCACACAGGACAGCAUCACGGUGGUGGAGCUGGGGGAGGAGCGCACCUACGAGGUCCUGGCCCUCAUGGAUUUCAACAGCGACCGGAAGUGCAUGUCGGUGCUAGUUCGGACACCAGAGGGCUCCAUCUGCCUGUACACCAAAGGGGCCGACACGGUCAUCUUCCAGCGCUUGUACAAGAAAGGCGUGAUGGAGUCGAACACAGAAAAAAUCUUGACAGCCUUCACGGAGCAGACCCUGCGCACGCUGUGCGUGGCCUACAAGGAGGUGGAGGAGAGCGUCUACCAGCAGUGGCAGCUGCGGCUCGAGGCGGCCUCCGUGCAGCUGCAGGACCGCGCGCAGGCGCUGCAGCAGGUGUACAGCGACAUGGAGCAGGGCCUGCAGCUGCUGGGAGUCACAGCCAUCGAGGACAAGCUCCAGGACGGGGUCCCCGACACCAUCAGUAGUCUCAAGAAGGCGAACAUUAAAGUGUGGGUGCUCACGGGAGACAAGCAAGAAACCGCUGUGAACAUUGGGUUUGCGUGUCAGCUGCUGACGGAAAACAUGCACAUCCUGGAGGCGCGGGAUGUGAACAUCUUCCUGGACUCCCAUGGGGAACGCAGCAGACUGCUGAGGGCCGCCAGGCGCAGCCUGAGGUUCCAGCUGCAGAACGAUGUGGCCAUGGUGGUCAGCGGGGAGUUCCUGGACCAGCUACUGGUGUCCCUGCGCCAGGAGCCCCGGGUUGUGAUCCAGGGAGAGUUGGAGGACGAGGCCAGGCCGGAGACGAAUACCAUCCGGCGGAUUUCCAUGAUGUGGUCCAGCCUGGGGGCCUCGCUGGCCACGCACCGGUCCAAGCGCAGCAAGCUCCAGCUGAAGCAAGAGAGCCCGGAGGCGCGGCGGGAGCGGGCCUUCGUGGACCUGGCCUCUGGGUGCCAAGCGGUCAUCUGCUGUCGGGUGACCCCCAAGCAGAAGGCCCUGAUCGUGGCGCUAGUCAAGAAAUACCAGCAGGCAGUAACCCUGGCCAUCGGGGAUGGCGCCAACGACGUCAACAUGAUCAAGACUGCUGACAUCGGCGUGGGGCUGGCGGGCCAGGAGGGGACGCAGGCCGUGCAGAACAGCGACUUCGCGCUCGGUCAGUUCUGUUUCCUUCAGCGGCUGCUGCUGGUGCACGGCCGCUGGUCCUACAUGCGGGUCUGCAAAUUCCUGCGCUAUUUCUUCUACAAGACGAUGGCCAGCCUGGCGUCCCAGUUCUGGUUCGCCUUCUACACUGGCUUCAGCGCCCAGCCACUGUAUGAAGGGUGGUUCCUGUCGUUGUACAAUCUGCUCUACAGCACCUUACCCGUCCUCUACGUGGGGCUCUUCGAGCAGGAUGUGAGCGACAAGCAGAGCCUGCAGAUGCCUGAGCUGUACGUGGCUGGCCAGAAAGAUGAGCUUUUCAACUACUGGGUGUUCUGCAAAGCCAUCACCCAGGGCCUGGUCACCUCCCUGGUCAACUUCUUCUUUACUCUGUGGAUCAUCCGCGACACGGCCGGGCCCAGCAGCCUCAGUGACUACCAGUCCUUUGCAGUGGUGGUGGCCCUGAGCAGCCUGCUGACCAUCACCAUUGAGAUCAUGCUGAUCGUAAGGUACUGGACCUUCCUGUUCGUGGGGACCGUGCUCCUCAGCCUGGGCUGCUACUUUGUCAUGACGUACAUCACCCAGAGCCUGUGGCUUUACCGGCUGUUUCCGAAGACAUUUCCGUUUCUGUAUGCCCUCCACAAUGUGCUGACCAAGGCGUCGCUGCUGCUGGUGCUGCUGCUGAAUGUGGUGGUGAGUAUCCUGCCCACCCUCGCCUACCGAAUCUACCAACACACGGUCAAGGAGCCGCGCUUCAAGGAGGAGGCAGAGGUGCCCCCCAGCGAGGAGGUCUCGGAGGAGCCCUUGCCUCUCAGGCGCCAGUCCCGCGUGCGGCGCUCCAGCUACGCCUUCUCCCAUUACGAGGGCUACGGGGACCUCAUCACGCAGGGCAAGAUCCUGCGGAGGCCGCGCAGGGACAGCAGCGACACGAACGUGAACAUCUCCGCGGCCCUGCCCUCCGAGGUGGAGGAGCUGCCCUCGGCGCCCCCGGAGCCCAGGAAGAUCUCGUUCCUGGCGAACCCGAUGCUGCAGCUCAGGUCCAGGGCCACCUCCCAGGACGCCGGCCAGGACCAGUGGACAGGCCCCGGCGGGCAGGGCAGGUGGUUGGAGCCCUCGCUUCCGGAGGCCCCGCUGUCCCAAGAGCGCUCCUGGUCGGUGGCUGAGGCUCAGGCACCAGCCUUGGCGAGGCCAUCACUGCCCUGGGGUCAGGGCUCCGGGAGUGGGGCGCCCCCCUUGCAGACCCAGGACUCCCUGAGUGAGCAGGCCAUGGAGACCGAGUCCGGGUCCCUGGAGCGGGAGCCCUCCCCGAUGGAGUGGCUGCCUGAGUACUUCCAGGAGGUCCCGAUGCCACCUCCUCCCGGACAGCCGGCUCUCAACGCCAAGGACAAGGAAGCUGUGCCCUAUGCUUUUUCUAAUAAACCUAGAUCCGCCUGACCUCA